GCGUCUUCGCAUGUGAGUUCUUCUCAACCGGAAGAAGACGAUGUCGGAGUCGGCGAGUGUUUUUUUCGGACUAUUUCCAUCCUUUUGUUCACGCUGAUUGCUGCCGUGAGUGCCCGCGCCGCCUGGUGCCUGCCCCUCCUGUAUGUGGUGGUGGCUCUAGAUGAGGAGAAGGCGAUCGGCAUCGACGGCACGUUUCUCUCCCUGUCGCAACUUGCAGAGGAGUCGUUGUGUCUUGGCGAGUCCAUCGUAGGUUUCGUUGUCCUGAUUCUGUUUCCUCUUCUUGUCCCCUUCGCCCACCUUUUGGCGUCCUGCCUCGCGAUGUUCAUUACCCUUCUGCUUCGCCUUCUCCAUCCGGGGCCCCGCUCUCGACGGCUGCCUCGCACGGGGGGGUCGCGGAUCAAGAGGUGGUGUCGAACCUUGGGCCUUCCCAUUCUGCUGAAACACCUGCUCUCCUACAUGCUUUCGCUCUCGCAGUUCCUCACCUGCUGGGCGAUGGCCGAUGUCUUCGCUCUCGGCCUCUUUACUGCGUACUUCACCAUCAAUGCCGUUCAUAUUCUGGUCGCACGCAUUCCGGCGGUCUCACCCUCCACGCCUGCGUUCGCCUCUUCGUUCUCGUGCCUCUCGUCCUCCCUUCUCUCUCCUUGCCGCUUGUUCUCGCGUUUCCUUCCACUGGAAAGCGCCCUUCCCUUCGGCUCGGGGUUCUGGGCCUCAAUGGUCUUUGGUGCCUCAGCGUCCCAACUGCACCACCUGCUUCCUUCGCAGGAUGAAGCAAAAGAAGGGGGCGAGUUCCUUCCUUCCCUAGCAGGCGAGCGCCAGGCGCUCGAGGCGUUCGCGGGGGAGAUUUCCGACACAGAAAACGCAGUCGGUCCCUCGCCCGUUUGUCUUUUUGAGGCAAACACAAAAGGCAGAGGAGCCGGGAGUACGUCCGGCGUGAGGAGAGGGCCCCCUGAGGAGGGGCCAGCCGUGUUUGGGCGCCUCGGAGUCGUUCUGACGCUCAUUGUUGCCCUUUACGCCUGGCCGGCCGAGAAACCGAGGCACCUGGAUCUCGAUAAAAUCAACGAAACAGUGGUCCUCUAUUACCCGGCCAUUUCUCAAGGUGCCCGGCCCCUCAUUCCCGCAUCCAUCGGCAACUGCACAGCGGAUAGCCCAGAGCCCCCACCAGAGCCUUGCGUCGGCCACAACUUCCUCUAUCACUCCCGAAACGCCUACUACGAGACCACAGCCAGAUGGGUUUCGGGUGUCAAUACGACGGAUAUCGAGGAGAUUCGCUUGAGCGGUCGAGACCCGCAACGGGAGACGGCGCGUAGGGAAGGUGAAGACCCAUUUUGUAUCACGGAUUUCCACGUCUCGCCUCUCACCAUAAAUGAAUCCGUUCUUGGCCUCUUCAGUGUCACAGUGGCGACGAUUACAGAAGCCGUCGAGCGCGAGCUAACGCGUCUCAUUCAGGCAUAUCUAGAGCCAGACAACAACUUCAUUCCUUGGGACAAAGACACCAGAAUUUCUCUGCAAGCGCUUGUUAAUCACCUUGCGGUGGUUAACGCUCCGGGGGGCCUUCUCUGCAGACCCUCUCCUGGGACGUCGACUAGUCUUUUCGACACGCAAGCGAAGCCCCGGGAAACGUCAGAGGCAGAAACUCACGAAGAAUUCUGA